UCGCUUGAUAUCACAACAUUCUGUUCACCCGAUAUGAUUCGACUGCUGUAAUCUCUGCGUUCUUAUUACUUUCUUGCUUUCUCCUUUGUUCUACGCGGGGUAAGAGUGUGAACAUUUAAUCCGGAGCUAAGCUUGUCCAAAUAUAGCAGGGACAAUUGCUCCAUCAAAGUUCCGGAAGCUGGCUUAUAAACAACCAACAUCUAGCGAUAUGACCAUUAAGGCGGUACAAUCCGAGAAUUUGUGGACGGAAACACCCUUGGUGUAUUCCAGCCAUAUUUCUGAUAUUAUCGGAUGUUCUGCAUACCUAAAGUUGGAGAAUCUGCAACCUUCUCAAUCAUUCAAAUACAGAGGUAUCUCCAAAUUCGCACAACAAUGCAAGGAUAAGCAUGGUCCUUCGGUGCACCUGAUGAUCGCUUCGGGCGGAAAUGCAGGCCUAGCUGCGGCAGUUGUAGCACGUGUUUUGGAAGUGAAAUGCACAGUGUUCCUUCCCACCAAUGUAAGUAUCGACACGCAACAGGCUCUCCGAAAGCAUGGCGCAGAGAUUGUGACAAUUGGAAAAUUCUACUCCCAAACACUCGCUGCGCUCCAAGAUGCCGUGAAGAAAGACACAAAUGCUGUCCUAGUGCCAGCAUAUGAUUCGCCUGUCCUCUGGGAUGGUCAUUCAUCCAUGGUGACCGAGAUGCAGAGACAGCUUCCUAAGAAGCCGGACGCCAUAUUCUGCAGUGUCGGUGGGGGAGGCCUCAUCGGAGGCAUCAUGCAAGGCUGCAAGAACGUCGGGUGGGAUGAAGUGCCGGUGGUAGCGCUGGAAACAACUGGCUCGAACUGCUUUUACAAUGCCAUCGCCAUCAAUACCCAGAACUUUACUUCUAAAGUCCCCAUCGUACCUUCCAUCGAAGUGGAGGACAAUUCUCCGUAUACCGUUGAAAUUGUCGAGGAAUAUAAUAUCGCAAUUCCACACAUGAAAGCACUGAAAUCUCGAGCAGCAUCGCUAGGCGCGACCUCGCCAGCUCCUGGGGUAGUUAGAAUGGCAGUCGAUCGUGCCGGAGGAAUAAAAUGCGCAUGCAUCCCAGACGAGAUGGCUAUGCAUACUGCAAGAUUAUUUGGAGACGAUCAUAAAAUACUGACGGAGCUCGCUUGUUCGACAACUCUGACUCCCGGGUAUAAUCGCGAGUUUCUCUUGCGUAUCCUCGGACCAACGUUCUCAACACUUUCUUCAGAAGAGAGGAAAGAAAAGUGCCUAGUUUUUGUAGUGUGCGGUGGGGUCAAAAUCUCUUUCGAGGAGAUGAUGGAAUUUGAAGAGAUUGUCGCUGCAGCGCAGGUGCAGAGCUACUGGAGUGUGCAAAUCGACGGCGAAGAAACUCAGCUGCCUAAGCAAUGAUAUAGAAACAUAGAAGGAAACAUGGACACACUCAUACAAUACUAGGAGCCUAGACGAAGUAAAUGUAUUUAGAAGGAAAUAAGGGAGACCUAACAACUACGACUU